GACUAGUGCGGUUUCCUUGAGACAAGGCAAAGCACUGAUCCCUGCGAUGGAUUCAGUGACCUUUGAGGACGUGUGUGUGACUUUCACUCAGGAAGAGUGGGCUCUGCUGCAUCCUGCACAGAAGAAACUCUACAGAGAUGUGAUGUGGGAAACUGUGAGGAACCUGGCCUCUGUGGGGAGUGAAUUGGACGACCAGGACGUUACAAAUCAGUACAGAAUCCAAGAGGAAAAUGUAAGAAGUUAUGUAAUACAAAGACUCUAUGAAAGUAAAGAAGUUACUCAGCAUGGAGAAAGCUUCAGCCAGAUUCCAAACACUGGUGUGACCAAGAUAACUUCUGGGGGAAAACCAUAUCACUGUAGCAUGUGUGGAAAAGGCUUCAUGCUUUGUUCAUCUCUCACUAGGCAUGCCAAAUCUCACCCUGGGCAUGAACUCGAUGGGUUUAAGUGUGGAAAGAAGCAAUAUAAAUGUAAGGAAUGUGGGGACACCUUCAGUUACCUCAAAUCCUUUCAGAGACAUGAAAGGACUCACGCUGGAGAAACCCCCUACAGGUGUAAGUACUGCGGGAAGACCUUCAUCUAUUACCAGCCCUUUCAGACACAUGAGCGGACACACACUGGAGAGAAACUCUAUCAGUGUGAGCAUUGUGGUAAAGUGCUUAGCUCUCCUGGUUCUCUUCGAAUUCAUGAAAGAAUUCACACCGGGGAGAAGCCCUAUGUGUGUGAGAAGUGCGGGAAAGCCUUCAGCAGUCCCAGUUCCAUCCAAAUCCACGAAAGAACCCACACCGGGGAGAAGCCCUAUAAAUGCAGAGAAUGCGGGAAAGCCUUCAUAUCCCACACAAGUGUUAAAACACACAUGGUAACGCACAGUGGUGAUGCAGACAAGCCUUACAGGUGCAAGGACUGCGGGAAGGCCUUCCUUCGGCCAUGUUUUCUUCGAGUGCAUGAGCGAAUUCACACUGGAGAGAAGCCAUAUGUUUGCAAACAGUGUGGAAAAGCUUUCAGAUGUUCCUCUUCAAUUCAGAGUCACAAAAGGACUCACACGGGAGAGAAGCCGUACGCGUGUAAGGAGUGUGGGAAAACUUUCAGUGCCCACUCAGCAUUCCGAGUCCACAGGCGGGUGCAUACCGGAGAGAGACCUUAUAAAUGCAGAGACUGUGGGAAAGCCUUCAUCUGUCUCACGUACUGCCGCGCACACGAAAGAAAACACACCAGAGAGAAAGCCUACGAAUGUGAACAGUGUGGAAAAGCCUUUGUUCUUCUUGAAAACUUUCGACGACAUGUCAAAACACACACUGAAGACCUACCUUACAAAUGUAAGGAAUGUGGAAAAGCUUUCGUUUUCCUCAGCGCACUUCGAGCACAUGAAAGGAUUCACACUGAAGAGAAGCCUUAUGAGUGUAAACAAUGUGGCAAAACCUUUAGAUGUUCAAGUUACGUUCAGGUCCACAGGCGAAUCCACACCGGUGAGAAACCCUAUGAAUGUAAGGACUGUGGGAAAACCUUCAUUCAUUCUACGAGCUUUCGAAGACACAUGAGACUGCACACAGGAGAGAAACCCUAUGAAUGUAAGCAGUGUGAGAAGGCCUUCAGGCUUGACAGUUCUCUUAAAAGACAUGAAAGAACUCACAGCUGAAAGAAAUGUGUUUAGUGUACACAUUAUGGGAGAACUUUUUGCUUUGUCAACAUCCUUCAAUAAAUGUGAAACUGCACAAUAGAGAGAUAACAAAUGUGAGGAAUGGGGGACAAAUGUUUUCAAUUUUAACACUUUGUUGUGAAAUUAUCCAUUGUAGAGAAAUCUCAUGCUAUUAAUUUAGUAAUUAAGUAAUACAGGAAACUAACUACAGUGUUAUAGGAAACUCACAUCAAAUGGGCCAGAAAAUUUUAAAUGUGAGGAAACAUGAAAGCUAAACAUGCCUGUCAGUGUUUGUUUCUGAUA